AUGCGGAGUAUAAAUGACAGGUCCCUUGUAAAGGGUAAUGAUUGUAGCUCCGCCAACAGAAGCAAGGACACCAAGGACCUUAGCCACACCAUCAAUCCUAUUGAAAGGUUAAAGACUGUAGCUUGCCUGAGUAUAGCUGCCAUCAGAAAGGUGAGGGCUGGAACAGAAUUCUGCAUAGCAGCAGCAAACGUAGCCAUAGAAGACCUAACACGAGAGUUUACAGUGAAGCGGUGGGCGUACGUUGAAUGUUUAGGAGAGGGAGAGGAAAAGGAAAAGGAAGAGGAGACAUCAGCUGAAUUGCACACGCAAGCCAUGAGGAAGCGGGAUUUGGCCAUUCUUAUGCUCUCCGCUUUCGCUAUUUUCUUCACUCUCCAGCAAGAUGGCGGUAUUUCAUUCAAAGACGCGUGGAUGCAUCUAACCGAUGAGUAUCCAAUCAAAUACGAAGCCGAACGUCUUCCGCCGCCGAUCGUCGCUGAUCUCAACGGAGACGGUAAGAAGGAAAUUCUUGUAGCUACUCACGACGCCAAAAUUCAGAUUUUGGAGCCCCAUAGUAGGCGUGUCGAUGAAGGAUUCAGUGAGGCGCGAGUGUUGGCCGAGGUAUCUUUGUUGCCUGACAAAGUACGUGUCAUGUCUGGGAGAAGGCCUGUUGCUAUGGCCACCGGCUAUAUUGACCGGUAUAAAAUUGGGCAGCCACAGAAACAGGUUUUGGUUGUUGUAACAUCAGGUUGGUCCGUCAUGUGUUUUGAAUCCAACCUCCAAAAGUUGUGGGAAAAUAAUUUACAGGAGGAUUUUCCACACAAUGCUCACCAUAGGGAAGUUGCUAUCUCUAUAAGCAAUUAUACGCUGAAGCAUGGAGAUACAGGAUUGGUAAUUGUUGGUGGCAGGAUGGAAAUGCAGCCACACAUUUUUAUGGAUCCUUUUGAAGAAAUGGGGAUGGGAGCCAGAUUUUCUGAGCAACAACGAAGAAGUACUACUGAAAAGGAGGGUUCUGAGAACUCUGGAACUGUGGAUUUACGCCAUUUUGCAUUUUAUGCAUUUUCUGGGCGAUCUGGUGUUGAACGAUGGAGCAGAAAAAAUGAGAACAUUGAAGUGCAUUCUUCAGAUGCAUCACAGUUACUUCCACAGCAUAACUACAAGCUUGAUGUUCAUGCUCUGAAUACCCGUCAACCUGGAGAGGGAAUUCAGAGAAUCAAUCCUGGGAGUUAUGCCUCAUCGUUGGGUACAGCUAGGAGAGAAGAUACUUUAUUGAAGCUUGCGCACUUCAGACGGCACAAGAGAAAAACAUUGAAGAGAACACCUGGAAAGUCAAUGAGUUACCCUUUUCACAAGCCUGAGGAAAACCAUCCUCCAGGGAAGGAUUCAACCAAAAAAAUUUCAAACAUAAUUGGGAAAGCAGCAAAUUAUGCUGGUUCAGCAAAAUCUAAGAAGUACCUUCCCUAUGUUCCGACCAUAACCAACCACACUCAGGUUUGGUGGGUUCCAAAUGUUGUUGUGGCUCACCAGAAGGAGGGAAUAGAAGCUCUUCACCUGGCAUCUGGUCGAACAAUAUGCAAGCUUCAUCUUCAGGAAGGUGGUUUGCAUGCUGAUAUUAAUGGUGAUGGAGUUCUAGAUCAUGUGCAGGCUGUUGGAGGAAAUGGUGCUGAGCAGACUGUAGCUAGUGGGUCUAUGGAAGUGCUACGUCCUUGUUGGGCUGUUGCAACAUCUGGUGUACCAGUACGGGAACAACUCUUUAACGUAUCUAUUUGUCAUUAUACCCAUUUUAACUUAUUCCAACAUGGAGAACUUUAUAGAAGCUACAGUCAAGGUUCAGAUAUUACCUCUUUAGAGGUAGCAACGCCUAUUCUAAUUCCUCGAAGUGACGGUCAUAGGCAUAGGAAGGGAAGCCAUGGCGACGUUAUCUUCUUGACAAAUCGUGGCGAGAUUACAUCAUAUUCCCCUGGUUUGCAUGGUCAUGAUGCUAUUUGGCAGUGGCAACAAUCAACUGGUGUUACAUGGUCAAAUCUGCCUUCCCCAUCAGGAAUGAUGGAAGGUGGUAUGGUGAUUCCCACGCUAAAGCCUCUUUCCUUGCGGUUGCAUGAUAAUCAGGAAAUGAUCCUUGCAGCAGGGGAACAGGAAGCCGUGAUAAUAUCACCGGGAGGAAGUAUAUUGGCUACAAUUGAACUACCUGCUCCACCAACACACGUUUUGAUCUGUGAGGACUUUUCAAAUGAUGGGCUCACUGACCUUAUUCUUGUCACCGCUAAUGGAGUUUACGGCUUUGUUCAGACCAGGCAACCGGGUGCUCUCUUCUUCAGCAUGCUGGUUGGUUGUCUCAUAGUCGUGAUGGGGGUUAUAUUCGUCACUCAGCACUUGAAUUCCACGAAGGGGAAGCCUCGUCCCUCAGCCGGUCCUCGAGAGAAGGCUGCGACUCCUGAGCCAAACUUCAGUUUAUCAGCAAAAAGCAAUUGCCAAAACAUUUUGAAGAAGAAGAAGAAGAAAGAGCUGCAUGAGUCAUCCCUAACCAACCAGCACACGUCUUGGUGGGACCACCAAAACUGCUAUGGCACAGUGCUGAGACCACCAUUCCAUUAUGGUGGACACAGUAGGCUCCUAUGCCUCUGGCUCACCCUAUGGUACUGCCAUGCUGCCGCUAAAGCAGUACGAAAAUAUAACCCACCCAUUAUUCUGCAAGAAGCCCUAGUGUUCAUUAGAUUUGGGUGCUUUGGUCCUGCUUUACAAAUAAAUCUGUUCAAAUCAGACUUCCAAUUGCUUACACCUACCUCCCUCAGACGCCUUACUUCAAUUAUACUACAAUUAUUAUGGACACAGUUUCCAAACGCUGGGGCUAGAUCAAAGGCUAGCUACGAAAUCAAGAAUACGAAUCCAAGAAAGAAGCAAAAAUUUAAAGCGGGAGAUCAUAGAGAUCAGCUCGCCACUAUCAAUCACGUCCGUGGCAAUAGGCGAAGUCUUGUGAACAUCCCUAAUCCUGGACUUGAGAGGAUUCAUUCGUACAAUAACAUGGAACUCAGGAAGUCUCACUACAUUACAUUGGUGAAUGUGGACACCGAUGUCAAUAGGGGUAUUGAGUAA